AUGAGCGCCCCAAGUCCACGCAUCGUCUCUACAUCUACUCUGCCAGCUUCCCACCUGCCGGAGAAAAAAUGGCACGAACAUCUCACCCUCGACCUCCUAAUGUCUGUUCUCAACCGCACGCUAUUCCACGCAUUCGUUGCAUGGGUUGCGGUCCUCAGCCUUCGAGCCCAGGCGAUACCUUACGCGCAUAUCUCGUUUAUCAUCGCGGCGGGGUAUGCGGCCUUUCUUACGAUCCUGACUGUUGCGCGGGCGAUGAACCAGAGACUCGCGUAUGGGCUGCCUCGGCCGGUUGAUUUGAGCGAAGAGGUUGUCGUGGUGACGGGCGGCGCGAGCGGACUGGGGCUGCUGAUUGCGCGCAUAUACGGACUACGUGGAGUAAGUGUGGCCGUUUUGGAUAUCAAGGAUGAACGCGACAUCGAUGGUUGGGAAGAAGUCUCGGGAGUGGACUAUUAUCGAUGUGACAUUGCAAAACGAAAUGAGGUGGAGGCGACGGCGAUGAAGAUUAAGGAGGAGUUGGGAACACCGACUGUGCUUAUUAACUGUGCUGCAGCUCGCAUCAACGGCCAACCGCUCCUCUCUCUACCCACAGAGGCCUUUCAAAAAACCAUCCAAACUAAUCUACUUGCUGUCUUCCACACUUGUCAGGUGCUCCUACCUGGGAUGUUAUCUGCUCCAAAUGGAGGAACCAUCGUCAACGUCAGUUCGGUGCUGGGUCACCUGUCAGCAGCCGGUUUUGCAGACUACUCUGCAAGCAAGGCAGGUCUCAGCGCCCUUCACCGAACACUGGAGGCAGAACUUCAGGUCUCAGGAAAUGAUGAGAUGGUAAAAAUGCUACUAGUAGAGACAGGCCAGAUGUCAACGCCUCUGUUCGAAUCAGUCAAGACGCCGAACAAGUUCCUUGCGCCAGUUCUUGAAACAGUUCACGUCGCUCAGAAAAUUGUAAGCGCAAUAGACGAAGGACGAGGUGGCGUGAUAAGGUUGCCCACUUUUGCUACUUUCGUCAACUGGUACGCAGUAUUGCCGGCCAGCCUGCAGCGGUUUGCUCGAUAUCUGAGUGGGAUAGACCAUGCUGCACCAUCGAGUCAGAAGUCACGUAUUAUGAAGGACGAUUGA